AUGCUGAGCCACCUGAGAACGCGCCUCAUCAGGGAGAGGUCGGCGUACGCGGAGCCCAUCGCGCCCGACAGGUCCAUUUGCGCGGGGGCCAGGCGCGGCAUCGAUUUCGGCAGGGUGGCGCUGUACACGGUGCUCGAGAAGGUGAGCACGAAGUACGAGCAGGUCUACGUGCGGUCGUGGGUGAACGACGUCACGACCAGGAUGGAAGGCUCCAAGCGGGAGGUGGUCAGGCAGCUGGCCAGCGCGGGAGUGGACUUCGCAGCUGGCGUCAAGAGGGCGCGGCUGACCUUGCCCACGAAGUCCGCACUCAUCGGGAACGACAUGGACGUGGUGAAGAAGGUUGCGCUGAAGCUGCACUCGCGCAGCAUCACCGUAAAGGUCAAGAGUCAGGCGCCCGACCUGGGGAUUGACAGGGGGCACAGCAUCGCAGGAGGCAAGGGCAGGCACGCUAAAAGGACCGCCCACGCGGAUCGGCAGGUGGAGAUCGCGAAGGGGGACCCCGCUUUCGGUGCCGCCUUCGCGCUGCUGGGCUCCUGGAUGCACGUCAUCAGCGACGGCAGGAGGCGCGAGAAGGCGGAGCUCAUAUGGCCGAGGGUGGUGAAGAAGGUCACCGAGACGGACCCCAAGAAGCGCUGGAAGGGGGUCACGGGCGUCACGAGGGCGAUGGUCAACGCGCCGCUGGACCUUGACUGGGGCCCGAAGGGCCCGUGGAGGCAGUGGUCAGCAGCGGCCAGCCACUACGCGGGCAAGGGGCUGGAGGACGGCGCGGACUUGCGUUCAGCCAGGACCCUGAUCCACAAGUUCAAGGCGAAGGGUGAUUACGACAAGGUGGGGGCGCAGCUCGCCCUCUUCACAGGAGGGGCGUGGCCGAGGCAGCGGGUCGCCGACCUGGGCAUCGAGAUCAUCGAGGAGCGCAAGAAGUCGGAGCACCUCAUCGAGCGCGCCACCAGCCGGGAGGAUGCGCGGCCGUGCCUGUGGCUCAGAGGCAUGUUGCCCAAGUCGUGGACGGCGGUCAGUCCGCCGCGAGAGCCCGAGAGCGCCCCGUUCGAGCGUUUCGGCGAGGUCAGCAUGCACAUGAGCGAGGGCGGCCAGGGCGCCAGCGACUGGCUGCUCGCGGCGGGGGGCGCGUCGGGAGGCGAGCACACGGCGGACGCAAGACUGAGGAGGGUCGCGCGGGGCUGGGUCAUCGUGCAGACGACGGAGCUGAAAGAGCCGAUGUUCGCGGCAGGCGCCACGGGCGCGCUGGCUGGAUGGAGGCAGAGCGUCAACGGGGGCGAGCUCACGGCGCUGAAGGAGCUACUCGCAGCCGCCAGCGGGUACCAGAAGAUCGGGUACACGGCCGACUCGGCGUGCGUCAUGCGGAGGGUGCUCAAGCUACGGCGCGGGAGGAUGCCCAUGGCGCAUGUGGGGCUUUGGUGCGAGGUUCGUGAGCUGAUCAAGGGGAAGGAGCUCGACCUCGUGAAGAUCGAGAGCCACAUGAGCUCGAAGCAUGCGGUCGACGCGGGCGUGGACCCCAUCGACUACAUCGGCAACGUCUUUGCCGACGAUUUCGUCGACGGCAUCAUCGAGUGGGCGCAGGUGCCCAGGGCGCAGGCGCGCACGCUGGGGCUCGCGGAGGGGAUCGCCGCCCAUGUGCGGCCCCGCGGGCUGGCGACGCUCCAGGCCGCGAUCGAGGUGGAGCCGUCGGCGGGGCCGUCGCAGAAGGAGCGGAGAGAGGCUCACAUCCAGGAGAGGCGGCGAGAGAAGCUGCUCGCGAAGACGAAGCACGUGAUCACGUACGACGUGGAUGGUAAGCACUACGGGUGCAGCAGGUAUGGAGGUCGCGUGCCCAUCCUCCAGGCGGCCGCGUGGCUCGCGGAUGAGUGCGUGUCUGUCGAGAGGUCGAAGGCGAGCAUGCACGGCGCGACCUCGAGCAAGGCGCACAUCGGCCACCAGAAGAUCCACGCGAGCCACCACAGCGUGUAUCACGACGAGCUGCGCCCG